CAAGCCACUGUGUUGCAUCUGUCUGCCUCGCUGCUUGUGUGUCUCCGUGCGCGAGCGAGCGCGCGCGUUCGUGUGUGUGUGUAUGAAAGUGCGCUAAAAAAGCCAGGCAAGCCAGUGGGAGAGCUAGAGAGAAGGAGAGAGACACAGCAGAAAGACAAAAAAGCAUCUGAGAGAAGGGAGCAAGAAACGGGAGUGUGAAACAGCUAUGAAAUUCAUCCAAGCUGUUUGCUUACUGCUUCUCUUUCCAGCUUUGAGCAUCAACACCAGACAAGGCUAUGAUGGUCUGGAAAAGAAGCUAAAAGAAGUCUUCAGUGAACGAAGCAGCAUCUUGCAUCAGCUCUCAAAAACAUCAAAGGAAUUGGACAGCAUAAAAGGCAACCUACAGUCACUGAAAAAUGAUGAGUCAGUGGCCAAGAAAGAUGURCAGAGGAUCCUGGAGCUCAGCCAUAAACAGAGAGAGGAGAUGAAGUCCCUCCAGGCAGCCCUGCAGAAGCAGCUGGAUGAGGCAAAUGAGAGAGCUGAAAAGCAGCAGGCCACGAUAAAAUUUCUGAAAGUUGAGAUGGAGAAGAAAACYAAAAUAAUCAAGGAUUUACAACAAGAGAACAAGAGCUUGAAAAACAAGCUACUCUCUGGAAAUAAACUUUGUGAUGCCUAUGCUGAAGAGUCCAAAAAAAUCCAGGCUCAACUGAAAGAACUGCGGUACGGGAAAAAGGAUUUAAUUUUUAAGGGGCAGCAACUUCUGGACCUGGAGCACAAACUAACUAUAGCCAAGGAGGAGUUGGAGAAGACCGCAUUAGAUAAGGAGUCGCAGCUGAAGGCGCUGAAGGACACAGUUCACAUCUGCUUUUCAGCUGUCCUCCACAACCAGCCCAGCAGCAGUCACCGAUUCCCCACCUCCCCCACCCACUUAUUCAGAUACUCAUCACUCAUCAACAGCUCCAGAGUCACCUUUCAACAGCCACACGCAAAGGAUAUCUCCAAAGUUCAGAGAAUUGUCACAGCCACUAAAUCACCCAUGAACAUUGGCRUAACGAGGAGAGAAAGUGGCGGCGUCAGAGACUGCCAAAUGGAGAAGACUGCAGGUGAAUGUUUUCAGAAUCAGACGAAGGGAACAGAUGAAGAAAGUAAGAAGAAACCAGAGAUUCAGCAACAAACAAGCCAAGUGCAGCCUGAAAAUGUUGGCACAAAGCUCUCACACAACAGUGGGGAUGCAGAGGGCGGCGGCAGCAAAACGACAAAGCCACAUAAAUACAACUGAACAGACGGCAUGUCAUCGCAGAGCAGCCUGCAUUGCCUGAAGGAUGUUUCUAAGAGCACACACUUUGCACACUUUCACAAAAAAAGUGUGCCCAUUCACACAUUACCUUACACACUCACUUUUAAACACACAUACACACAGAAAGACAUAUGCAUAUUGGCAUUGUUAGAAGAAUCUGAGAUACUGGGACUGUCAACAAAACUCAAUCUUUCAUCUGAAAACUUCAUAGUAAAAUGGCAUGCGUUUAGAAGUUUUUUUCAAAGGUAGCAAUGGCACUGGUAACUUGUUUUAUAAUUGUUCAUUUGUUGUUUACUUAUUUGAAUUUUGAAGAGUAAGGACACUGCUUUCUAAAUGUGUGAUCUUUUAAGAAAAAAAAACUUUCCACUGGUGAGGUCUUACACUGUUUCCUGUGACAAGUAUAUCAAUUGACAAAUAAAAAGUACUCCUCCUACUACUAUUAUUACUACUACCCAACUUAGAAUAUUGUUUGUCACUCAUUGUAGCAAGGUUAAUUUACUCCACAUUUUGAAAUACAAAGGCUCAAGUUGGCUGGCCAACUGUUCAACAUUUAAUAUUUCAGCACUCUUUUCUGCCUUUAACACUCCUGAGGCAAAGAGCCAAAGACUCACAAUGGGUCGUCUCCCUGAGAAUGUGCCAUGCACUGAGUAGUAACUCCUAGCUACAUGUAUCUGUGUUAUUUGACCUUUCUGUGCCCUUUCAAUAAACUGUAAUUUUCAGUAAA